GCGGCUCGCUGGAGUGGGGAGAGGGAAGGAGAGGGACUCAAGUGCUAGAGGCCCGUGGAAUAUCGUGGCGCAGUCAGUAGUUCUCGAGCACUUCUGUAAAGAUGAAGGAACCAUGGAAGAAGACGUGCAACGGCAAGGUAAUAAUUACCUUAAACGAUGAAAAAACCGCGCCUACCGAGGUCGAGGUGCCCGUGGAUCUCAACUGGACCAAUCGUAGUGACAAGAAGCAUUCAGCCCCCAAGGCCGUUAUUCUCAUGGGCAUUGUUCUUAUCUUGGGACUGACGGUUGUUACUCUCUUUAAGGUUCAGAAUCUCGUUUAUUCAACGAGCUAUAUCAACUGGCGUAUGCAAGAGCUCGAAUCGACAGUGAGCGACAGUAACAAUGACGUGAAGCUCAUCAAGUUUAAGAUGUCUCUGCAAGAGAGAGACAAGGAAAUCGCCGAGGCUCGGGCAUCCAGAGCCGAGCCACUUAUAGCUUCGAUCGGUGGCAUAAAGAAUAUCGAGCAUCAAUUCGAUAAUCAGGAUUUGAAGUUGGCCGAGACGCAGAAUCAUAAGCUAUCGUCCAACUCGUUGAUUUCGGAGACCACCGAGAGGAAAAACUCCAAGGAGGCCGAAGUGCAAAAUUCUAAGAAGAUUUCGGAUAAUGUGCUCACUAACGUGAAAUCUACGAUGCCGGAGACUAAGAAUAAGGUCGCGGAAUCCACGGAUUUGGAUGACGCUCGUAAUCAUCCGAAUCCAUCGGAUCCCGAGGAAUGGAUUAAGCCAUUGGUCGAGACGUUCGAUAUUUUCGGCAAUCAACCCAUCGAGGACCAUUUCAUUCAGAACGUUCUCAUGAAGCUCUUGAUGCCUGAGAACAACUUCGAGGUUCUCGAAUUUAACAAGAUGCACGAGGCUGGUAAUAAUAAUAAUGCCGGCCACGAUGCCCCGAACCAGAGCAUUAUUUUGAAUCCUAUGCCGCGCAACGUUAAGGAGAAACCGAUAAAGCCGUUGCCCAUGCCGAUUGAAAGCUUAUUGAUGAAAUCGCUGAUUCCGCCAGCCAGUAACUUUAAAAUCUUCCACUUCAAUGAGAAACCCGAGCAGCAGCCGCAAAACAUCAUGGGAGAGGACCUUUUGCCCAAAACGAUAAUCCCGAAUAUAAAGGCUCUGAUACCGUCCAACAACAUGAAGAUCUUUCAACUCAAUGACAGACCCGAGCAAAAUCCUGAAGACGACCCGCCAAAAAUCACCAUUCAGAGCAUCAAGCUAAAGCUGCUGCCGUUAUCACCUCAAGAUGAUUUUGCCGAUAAGAGAAGUUUUCCAGCCAAUGAAAAUGGAAAUAAUAACUUCGAAAUUAUCCGACUGAAUGAGUCACCGGAGCCUAGCCAGGAUGUCGAGGCGCCCAAGAUGCCAUUGCCUCCUCCCUAUUACAAUUCAUUUCCCAUUCCCAUUCAGGACCUUCUCAUGAAGACGAUCUUACCGUCGUCGUCGAAGGGCAUUGAAUUUGUACCUCUUAAUGAUAAACCAGAUGAGCAACACAUGAUACCAGCAUCGCAGAAUCAGCAAUCUCAUGGAGGUAACGCAGAGAUCGUUCACUCGGAUAAAUUCAACCCCUUGCCAAUUCCCAUUCAAAGCAUCCUGAUGAACACGUUGCUUCCACCACCGAAUCAAAAUGCGGACGAUCGCUUCAAUCGAGAAAAUCCGGAACAAACGCAUCAAGAAAUGGAAGUAACAAAGAUCCCCAUACGUACCAUCAACAUCAAUCCAUUUUCCCUAUCAUUGUCAGAUGCUCUAAUGAAAUCCAUGCUUCCGAUAAAUGCUUUUGGCGAGCACCUCCAGCAGCAGCAGCAGCAGCAGCAGCAGCAGCCACCGAUGCACGCGCAGUCCCAGGAACAGACGCCGAUCCACGUGCAAGCAGAGGGAGAGACGCCGAUACACGUGCAACCACAUUUACAACCACAGAACAGCGAAGUGCCACGAGGACCAUCGCGUAGUACAAAGUUGAAUCCAGUUGAUGAGACAAAACAAGUAUCACCAUCAACGGAAUAUCCUACCGAGUCAGCGGAAAAAUAA